AUGUUUUAACCAAAAUCAAUGAAAUUCACUCCUCACAAUUCCAUUGUAGGAAAUGAAAAUAUAAACACAUUAAACAAAUCAAAAGCUAAUAAAAAUAUGUGUUGCAUGAAUCAUCCUUAAAAAUCCGCAAAAUAUUGCAUGGCAAAAGAUCUUUCAGUGUCAUUGUGUUCGAAAUGUGCUAUAAAUAUGGCAGGUAAAGGAUUUAUAGUUGAGGAAAUUAAUGGAUUUGAGGAACGAUAGCGAAGAGAUGUAAUUGAUAAGUUUCUAAACUUGGUUAAUAGAAACCUUAAUUAAUAUGAUAAAGCAUUGUCUGGUUUAUUAACUAAAAAAUAAGACAUUACAAAAUACUUUGAAUAAUAGGUAGAUAAAGUAAUUAGAUUUCAUUAAUUGGUUACCUAAUAGUUAUCAGAAGAGAAAGACAAAUUAAUUCAACAAUUAACAUAAAAUUUCAAAUAGACAUCCUUGACAUAUGAAGAAACUAUAAAAUCACUCUAAAAUUAAAAGUAAGAAAGUAUUGGCAUGAAAAAUGAUGUACAAUAAAAUUUAGAUCGUAUUGUCAAAUAAAUUGCAUAAGAACCAUUUAAUGAAAUAAUGAAUUGCUAUCAUAAAACAGUAGAGAAAUAUAUGUCUGAUAUUGAGGAUCUAUAAAGAAAACCAAUUGAAGUCAUUAAAAUAAUAUUGAAUGAACCUUACAAAAUAGAUGAAUUUGUUACUGUAGGUUUACAAAAAACAUCUUUAAUAAAGAAAAAUUUGUCUGAUAUUGGAUUGAGAACUAUUACAAAUGAAGAUGUCUAUGAAAGCAUUGCUAAAAGAGACUCUGUUAAUAAUUAAAAAACUUCAAAAACAUUAUCAUCAUUACCUCGAACUCCAAAAACAGAAAGUUCUCCUUUUAAAUCAGUUCCUAUAACAAAUAUUGAUCUUUAUCAUACACCAGAUUAACAACAGAUAAAAACACUGAAAACAUAAACAAGUCUCUAAUAAGCAAAAAUGUAAUUAGCUUAAGUAUAAGAAAAUAUUGAAUAACAUUAUGAAGAAGGUCAUUCUUAAAUGAUAGAAAGAGACGAUGUUGAAAAUUCAUAUUAAAUGAUGAUUGCAGAGUCAGUAUCAGAUAGCGAAGAUUUUAUAGAUCAAUUGAACUUAAUAUAAUCACUUACUGUGGGCUAAAAUGGUCAUAUAAAUACACUUAAAAUGUAUAGCUCACCUCAAUUCAAGAACCGAUGA